AAAGGUCAAAUAUUUCCCUGACGAUAUGGACGCGGUGAAGUUAUUUUUGUGAAAUGUUCGAUAUAUCGGUACCAUUAAACACUUUGAGACACUGUUGUUGAGCAUCCUACUCUGGGAGAAGAGCAAUGUCAUAGGAAUCCACUGUGUCGUCCAUUAUCAUCAACAGACAUUUUUUUCAUAUGAAGUGGCAUCACAACAGCUUGUAAGCUGAAAGAUACCCAGUUGUAUGAUCUUCAUACAAUUUUUUGAAAUUUUUUUCUUUACAAUUACCAUCAAAUUUUAACUGAAAGUUUGAUUCUGAGAGGUUACACUGAACAGCCUCUAUAAGCAAUUUUUGGACACUGGGGAUACUGGUGUAAGAAGUCAGUGUCCAUACAAGAACCCAGGGAUAUAGUAUCCCAAGAGACUCUUAAUCAAGAUGGGGGAAGAGAAAGGAAGAGAUGACAGCAGUGAGAUCGGGCCAGGCCAGAUGUAUCAGCAUUACAUCAUCAUGGAAGACCUACUUGAUAAACUAAAGCUUUUGAGCUAUGAGGAGGAGUUCUUAAAAGAACUUGGCUUCAAGCCUCUUUCCAGGCACUACUUUGCGAUUGCCACUAACCCUGGGGAGCAGUUCUACAUGUUUACAUCACUCUCAGCCUGGUUGAUAAGUCUAAGUGGCAAGCAGUUUGACAGGCCACAAGAGUACGAUGAUCCAAAUGCCACGAUAGCAAACAUCCUUGGUGAGGUCCGCCAACUGGGGGCAGCUACAGACUUCCCUCCAAACAAACUCAAGACUGGCCAUGGGGAAUACUGCAUCUAUGUCUUGGACAAGCUGGCGGAUGAGGCUCUCAAGAAAUCUGGAUUCAAAUGGGGAAAGCCUUUAUAUCCAGAGGAGGAGACUGAGGAAGAGUCUACUGUGGAUGAUGAUGUGGAACUCACUCUAGACAAAGUAGAUGAUGAAAUAGCUGAGGAAGAGGAUGUAGACGAAGAUGAAAGCUUUCUUGAUCUGGAAGGGCUAAGGAAUCUUCAAACAAACAAGGAAACAGCAGAGAGCUCCAGACCAGAGGAGAUCAUGGAGUCGUCCGUUGAUGCUAAUGAAUGGAGGUUAGAGGUUGAAAGGGUCACACCUUCCCUAAAGGUUCACAUUAGGACAGACAAUAAGGAUUGGAGAACUCAUGUUGAUCAGAUGCACCAACACAAGGAUGGCAUAGAGACGGCUCUCUCAGAGACGAAGGGUUACCUGGAUAAACUUCACAAGGAGAUCACCAGGACAUUGGAGAAGAUAGGAAGCAGAGAGAAGUAUAUCAACAACCAGUUGGAGCAUUUACUACAGGACUUCAGAGGAACCCAAGAUGGUUUAGCCGAGGUGAAGGAGCAAUACAGGCAGGCAAGUGGUGGAGUGACAGAUCGAACGAGACAACUUGCUGAAGUGACAGAAGAAUUGGAACGGAUAAAACAAGAGAUGGAGGAGAGGGGGUCAAGCAUGACAGAUGGAUCUCCGUUGGUAAAGAUCAAGCAAGCGCUGCAGCGUCUGAAGAAUGAGGUUAUUCAGAUGGAUGUCAGGGUCGGGGUCGUGGAGCAAAACCUUCUCCAGGCUAAGCUGAAAGAUAAGACCAACAUGCAAAGAGAUAUGAAUAAACCUAUAGGAAAUGGCAAUGAUUAUGAUUAUUGAAAGGUCGGACAGCAGCCCUUCAAGCAAUUCUAAAGCAACAUGCAAAGAGAUAUCUACAAACUUAUUUCAUUGACUAAAUAAUCGUCAUUAAGACCAGAGAUGACCUUUUCAUUGAUGGAAUAAGUGCUAGGGUCACCAAACAUUUAUCUGGCUACAACAAAUCUUGCUAAGUUAGUGCCCACAACAAUACGCUUGAGAGAUGUGCUGGGGACUUGAUAAAUGUAUAGUUGAAAAAAUUGAUGAUUGAAAUUAAUCAUCGAUCAUGGGAUCUGUCUUUUCAGACAUAAAUAAGAGUUCUUUAUUUUGCUACAUAUAUCCAUAAUGGAUUACAACUUUUUUUCUGUUUAAAGGCCCUAUUCUGAAUGAUAUUCCUUUCUACUUUGAUAAAAUUUUUUCAGCAUUUCUAGAUUAUUUUCCUGUGACUUCCCACAGACUGCUUAUUUCCAGGGCCUGGUUGCUAAAAGUUAUUACACUCAACUUUGCAUAAGUCAACCUUCAAAAAGUUGAAUAAAUAACCAACUCAAAGCAAUUUUGUUAGAACAGGGCCCCGCCUUACCAAGAGUUACAAACUUACCAUUUAUCUGAUCUAUUGCAUCUUUCUUAGACUUGUAUGCUACUACCAGAAUAUGGUGAUCAUUUUACCUAAACAAGCCCUUGUGUCUUAUACUCUGUAUGUAUGUAUUGCGCUGUGUAUAUUACAUAUUUUAUGUAAAUAAAGGUCUUCUAUGAACAGAUGUAGAUGAAAAUAGAGUUGUAAAGUGUGAAUAAAAACCUAUUUAAGAAGAAAA